UACAUUUCCCAUGAUGCACCGUCCUGUCGUAAACAUCAGUCUGGUAAAGCACUGGUUCCGGCAGAUUGAAGUUGUAUAAUUUCCAGUCCUUUUGGACACGCUCUAAAAAUCUGAAUGAUAUUAUACACAGAAACAGCUUGGCUUGCGCAGAAUACACGCCAGUUUUGUUAUGAUCACAACUAACUGACUAAUUAUUUUUACGACAAGAGCUCCGAGAAGCCGCGAGUUGUUUGGUUUCAGAUACCAGAACAGAGGAGUGAUGUGGUGUUAGCAAGACCCCGCGUUUGGAGGGUGUUUCGGGAUUAUCUCUGGAUUGUUUUCCCUUGGUAAACCCCCGUCCACCGGAGAAACAUGUCGCUGGCCCCGAAGGAGCUGUCCAAUCUUCUGGGGAUCAUCUCUGAGGAGGCCUGCACGAACACUUUCGAGGGCCUCUCCACGGCCUUCCACCAUUACUUUGGGAAAGCGGAACACUUCCGAGUGGGCUCGGUGCUAGUGAUGCUCCUGCAGCAGCCCGAUUUACUACCUAGCUCCCCGCAGCGCCUCACCGCGCUGUACCUACUGUGGGAGAUGUACCGCACCGAACCGCUCGCCGCAAACCCCUUUGCCGCUGUCUUUGCCCAUCUCCUGAACCCGGCGCCAGUCGGAGAGGAGCAGGAGAAACCGCUCUCCGGUUUUCUGCCUCCCAUAACAUUGCCAGAAAAGUUUUUCCUCUCCCAGCUCAUGCUGGCUCCACCUAGGGAGCUCUUCAAGAAAACCCCUCGACAGAUCUCAUGCAUGGAUGUUGGUAACAUGCCUCAGUCUGUGGAUAUAAGUGGGCUUCAGCUGGCCUUGGCAGAACGUCAGUCAGAGCUGCCAACUCAAAGCAAGGCCAGCUUUCCCAGUGUUCUCAAUGAUCCGGACCCAGAUUCUUCCAACUCUGGAUUCGACAGCUCCGUAGCCAAUCAGAUUACAGAAGCCUUAGUUAGUGGGCCACGACCACCAAUAGAAAGUCACUUUCGCCCGGAGUUCAUCCGGCCUGCCCCUCCACUGCACGUGUGUGACGAUGAGUUGGCCUGGCUUAACCCUUCAGAGCCUGACCACACCAUCCAGUGGGACCGCUCUAUGUGUGUGAAGAACAGCACUGGCGUAGAGAUCAAGCGCGUCAUGUCCAAGGCUUUCAAAAGUCCACUGUCUGCACAGCAGCAGACACAGCUGCUUGGGGAGCUAGAAAAGGAUCCUAAACUGGUUUAUCACAUUGGACUGACCCCGGCCAAACUGCCUGACCUGGUAGAAAACAACCCGCUGGCUGCAAUCGAGAUGUUGCUGAAACUGAUGCAGUCAAGUCAGAUCACGGAGUAUUUCUCUGUGCUUGUCAAUAUGGACAUGUCUCUCCACUCCAUGGAGGUGGUAAAUAGGCUUACAACAGCAGUAGAUCUCCCUCCAGAAUUCAUCCAUUUAUACAUUUCAAAUUGCAUCUCCACCUGUGAGCAGAUCAAAGACAAGUACAUGCAGAAUCGUUUGGUGCGCCUCGUCUGUGUUUUCCUCCAGUCUUUGAUCCGGAAUAAAAUCAUCAACGUCCAGGACUUGUUUAUUGAAGUUCAGGCAUUUUGUAUUGAGUUCAGCCGGAUAAGAGAGGCAGCUGGCCUUUUCCGAUUGCUGAAAACAUUGGACACAGGAGAGAACCCCUCCGAGGCCAAGCCCAGCAAAUAAAGGAGAUUAAUUGUGGACUAAUGAAGCACUUGGCUUUUGAAAUGAAUUAGAACCUUCUUGUUAUUGUUUUGUAUGGAUUGUGUACACAUUUUACAAGGUGGCAUUCUCGACAGUGAUCUUUAUUUCUGUUCAGAUAUAAAUGCUGAAGAAACAUUACGUGUUCUUUCACUUAAUUUGAUAUACUUUAAAACAUAGUUUAUUACUGCAGGUACAUUUCUAUUUACUGUACUGUAGGUUAUGUUUUUAAAUGUGACUGAAGAUAGUCUGUUCAUAUUGUAGACGUGUUUGGAUAAUGAAACUUUUUUUAAAGGGAAACAGUGUAUUCACACAUCUGUCUGAUCAGGCUGUAUUUUCAUGAGGCUCCUGAUGGCAUGGAUAAACCGUGAUAGACUAUAGCCUGCCUGAUAUUUGCAGUUUUUUUUUAUUAUUUUCAUUGACACAUUUUGAUGUUUUUGUUUUGAUUUGAACUUCCUGAAUUUCUCUGGUUUCACUGAGGUAACUUCUUGUUUUUAAUUUUUAUUUGCUUUAGUAUUUUUUUUUUUAUUUGUCUAUUUCUGCAUGAACAAUUUGAAAUCUGAAGGUCGUUGUUUUUUUUAAUUCUGUUUUGAAAGGCUGACAUUUUUACGUUCCUGGAAACUAUUGUGGGUGAAAUCUGCAAUCACAGGCCUACGUUUUUUCAGCUCGCACGGGAUAAAAGAUUUGGUGUUUCAGAUCAUUCAGAAAUUUAUAAUAAUAAUGUUUUUUCUCAGUUGUUUAUAAUGCAGGAAUCUGAAAAUGUCUAACUCACAAAUGCUGAUUUGAGAGUAUGUGAACAUGAUAAAGUUGAAAGUACAACACAA